UGGUAGUGUUUCAGUUGCAUCGAAUCAAGUGUCUCAUUUGACAGUUCAGCGACUCGAAACGGCGAGAAUCCAGCCGAGAUCUUUGGCACCGUGUGUAGCGCGUCUAUACUUGAGGGGGAAUUUGGUUUGACAGGACAUAUCCGAGCCGCGUCUUUUGUACCAGGACUGUAUCACCGCUUGUCCCCAAAACAGGUGCUCAAGAAAGCAGCGAGUCCGUCACCAUGUUUAAGAAAAAGAGUUCCAAGAAUAGCGUUACUAUCACACCGAAAAAAGCAUCUGCCACAGAGCUGACAGCACUAGUGGAGAGACUGCAGAAGAAUGCUGACAAAGUGGAGAAGACCAUAUAUGACAUAGAGACAAAUCUGAACAAGGAUGUGAAUAAGAUCAAUGAAGGAAAGACGGCGCUCUACCAAGAUGACAUCAACAAGAAGAUCCUGGCUUCCUUGGAUAUUCUGAAGGCCCUAGAUGAGGAUGUUGCGGAAGCAUUUCGCCUGACCCAUCCACAGGCAGAAAUGAUCGAAGACGAUAUAAAGCAGCUGCGAGAACGAGUUCUUAAACUUCGUGAGGAGUACGACAAAAUUUACAACUUCACAUCAGCAACACGCCCAGAAGGGCAUCCUAGUGUCAACUGGAGAAAGAUAAUUGAGGAAAAGCAGGGGAACCUCAGUAACAGGGGAUUUGGGAGUGACUUGCCCACAGUGGAAAGUCAAGUGGAUGAACACAACAUUUUCCAUUGUGAGGUGGAAGCUUUGGCCCCCCACAUAACUGAGAGUGAUGACAAGGAUGAUGCGAACAGUCUGCAGCUGCAAUACAAUAAACUUCUGACCAGCUCUGCAGCCCGGCAGCAGGACCUGAUCAGUUUGAGGGACUACAUGAUGCGCUGCACCAAUGAGCUCUAUUGGAUGGACCAGCAAGCAGAGGAACGCAUCAACUACAACUGGAGUGAUACCAACCUGGACUACCUCUCCCGCCGGAGGCAGUAUGAGAACUUCAUCAGCAAGGCUCUUGAAGACAGGGAGGCCACUGUCACCAAGCUGAGUGAUGAUGGGGAGAAACUGUUAGCUGCAGACCACCCAGGGAGGAAUGUCAUUGAGGCACACAUGGAAGCAGUACAUGCAGACUGGAAGGAAUACCUCAACCUGCUCAUUUGUGAGGAAAACCACCUCAAAAACAUGGAGGAGUACCACAAAUAUUAUAAAGACUCUCGGGACACUGAGGACUUGCUGAAGAAACUGGAGACUGACCUGAACCAGAAGUACAACCCUGAGUUCAAAGAUAUGUACCAAAUGGAGGGUCUGAUCAGUGACUUGGAUGACCAGAUGAAGGCCAUAGAUCACUAUGACGACAGAGUGAAAGCCCUUCAGAAGCGCAGCCUGCAGGUGCUCCCUCUGAAGCUCCGCAGAGAGGCUCCCCAGAAGCCCCUCCCUGUGGAGGCCUUGUGCGACUUUUACACCGCAGAGGGGCAAAUUGUCCGUGGAGAGCGAUACACCCUUCUCAAGCAUGAUGGAAUAAAAUGGAAUGUGCAAGAUUCAACUGGACGUAAAAUCUCUGCCCCUGCAGUGUGCUUCAUUAUCCCCCCUACUGACCCUGAAGCCAUCUCUGUUUCUGAAAACCUUGCUAACCAGCAGAAGACUAUCAAGCAAAAGGCCACCAGCAGCAAGGGAACACUCCUGACAAGACUGGAAGAACUCAAGAAAGAAGUCACCAGUGAUAAGGAAGAACAACAGUGUCGCCUGCUGAUGGCUUGCCUUGAAAAAGUGACCAAUGAUCUGGACAAACAAGAGAAAGCCAUUUACAAUUGUGUGCGCCCCCCAUUGGAGCAGAACCGUUCACUCCAGGACAGUGCAGAUCGACUGCAAGAGCUGAAGGAAAUUAAGGCUGUCGUUCAGAAAAUUGAGCCUGAAAAAACAUCCAGAGUACGUGAAGCAGAGACAUUCCUAACUGCUAACUCCAAAUGCGCCAGUGCCCCCCAACUCUUCACCAAAGUGGAUGAGGCCAAAAACAAAUACGACAAGGUCAACUUGUUGCUGACAUGCUCAGAGGACAAACUUGUGAAUUCCAACCAUCUAGAGAGCUCCCUGAAAAAUGGAAAGAAUGUGUUGUCCACUUUUGAGAAUACUCUGGCCAGGGAGGAAGUUGCCCCAUCAGAUCUGAGUGCCCUGGAAAAAACACAACAAGAUCUGUUGGAACUCUCCAAUGAGCUGAAAUCAAAAAAACCCACCAUUUCAGAGGCAGAGCAGAACCUCAGGGCUGCCAAGGUCAGCUGUGAGAACAUGGCCAACAAGCUGCAGGAGCAUUGUCCUGAUAUUGAAAGACAAGAAGCCGAGGUCCACAAACUUAGCACACGCUUUGACAACCUCAACAGGCAGAUCGAUGCCAGGGCCCAGAGUCUACAACGAGCCAAGACUGCAUAUGUCAGCUAUCGAAAUGAUUAUGACAGUCUGAAUAACUGGCUUUCCCGAGUGCCAAACUAUGAACCACAGGAGGAUGAUGAUGUCAAACAAGUGGAGGCAAAACUGAAAAACCAAAGAAAUCUGCUGUCUGAUAUUGCACGGAAGGAGGUGGACUUGAACAAUGUCUCAGUAAAUGCACAGAUAUACCAGCAAGCAGUCAAGGAUUAUGAAACUGAAACAGAGAAAUUUAAAUCAAUUCUUGACUUUGAGGAUGGCUUAGUCCCACAGACAUACAAAAGAAGCCGACUUGAGUCCCCAGCUAUACAUGUAAAAAAUGAGGAAUCUGCCAUUGAAGCAAAGUUCACAGAAGUCAAUGCUGUAAACAAGCAGAGGCUGCAGAAUCUUGAGUAUGCACAAAGUCUUUUGAAUCAGCAACAAGAGGUUCCCAUAGCAGUGCAGAAUGUCCAGUCUGUGAGCUCAGCAGCACCGGGUGAGGAAGCAUGGAGGGUGAAGAAGCAGUUGGAAGAUGAGAUUCAGCGGAGACAGCAACUUGAGAAAGAGAUUCAAACUAUUCAGAGUGAUAUUUACGUCCUGGAGGGUCAAAAACCACAAGACACUGUAGUCAAAAAGGAAGUGAUUAAGAAGGUUCCUGACCCACAGCUGGAUGAAGAGCUCCACAAAAUCCAGCAGAAGCUCUCUGAGGAACAGAGAACAAACCGAGGCCUAGAGAACGAACUUGAGGUGCUUUGCCUAAAACUGCGUGGGAUAGAAAGAGAGAAGAGGGAAGAAGCACAGCAGUUUACAAUAAAAGAGGUACUCCGCAUUGAAAAAGACAAGGGACAAGAGGAGGAGGUUAGAAGGCUGAAAGACGAGUUGGAAGAGCUGAAGAGACAGAGGACCAUAAAAGAGAAUGAAAUCAUCCAAAUUCGGAGUCAAGUUGCCACACUGGCCCAGGAGAAGUCCAAGGAGCAGGAAGUAAUCACAGAGGAAGAGGUCAUCAAGGUUAAAAAUGACCCACAGCUUGAGAGCGAAUACAGACUACUGCUGGAGAGCAAACAAAAAGAAAUAGAUAGCAGAAAACACCUGGAAGAUGAGCUCACAUUCUUACAGGAAAAACUAAGAAGGCUGGAGAAGGAAAAGGCUAUGGCUGAGGAAAAGAUUUCCAUAAAAGAAGUACUUAAAGUAGAAAAAGACAUGACAUUGCAAAGAGAAGUGGAAAACCUCAGACAGCACCAUGAAGAUGAGAAAGCAAAACGGAGAUCAUCACAAAGGGAGAAAUCUGAUCUUCAGAGGAAGAUUUCAAGCUUGGAGGAAGAGAAAUCAAAGGUCAUUAUUCAGGAGAAACUGCGUGAGAUUGUUAGGCCUGACCCAAAGGCUGAACAAGAAGUGGCCAAUCUUCGUCUUGACCUGGUGGAACAACAAAGAAGAUACAGGGAUGCAGAACUUCAGCUGAAAACACUCCAACAAGAACUGAAUGCGCUGAAAAACCGAGGACCUCAGAUAGAAAUCAAGGAAAUCAUCAAAGAAGUAAUCAAAUACAAGACAGACCCACAGACCGAAAAGGAACUGGAAACUCUCAGGAAUGAAAUUGUUGACAAGUCCCACCACACAGAAAGGGCUGAGAUGGAGAUACGGCAACUGAAGGAGGAGAUUCAGAGGUGGAAGGACACCAAACCACAGAUACAGACUAAAGAGGUUGUAAACGAGGUCCUUCAGUAUCGCGAGGAUCCCAGAACCAAGGAGGAGGUGGAGACCCUCAAAAGAAAACUGGCAGAAGAGCAGAAGAAGCGUUUGGACCUGGAGAGGGAGAGGUCAGCCAAUGAGGAAAAGAUCCGGCUGAGGAAGAUUGACCUUUCACAGGUGAGAAAGAAAGUGGUUGAGAAAGAAGUUGUGAAAAUGGAAGAAGACCCACUUUUGAAAUCCGAAUGCCAAACAUUCUCUCAGAAUAUAAAUCAUGAGCAGAGACAGAAGGACGUUCUGAGAGAUGAACUUGCGAAGCUCCAGCGUCAAAAAGCUGAUCUAGAAACUCAGCUUGAGGAGCUUGAGCGUGAGCGAAGGGCACGGCGAGAGGCGGAGCUGGAGAUCCAGAGACUAAAAGUCCGGCUCAAUGAGCUGGAAGUCAGGGACAAGGAAACAAGGGAAAAGGUAACUAUGAAGCAAAUGGUGGUCCUCCAGCAAGACCCCCAGCAAGAAAAGGAACAUUCCAUCCUCAAAUUGCAAGUAGAAGAGGAGAGGCACAGACGAAUGCUGCUUGAGGAAGAGCUGAAUGCCUUAUUAAAACAGCAGGCAACUCUGGAGAAAAGGCAGGUGCAAGAAAAAAUAGUACGCUCUGAAAAAGUUCAAGUGGAGAAAGACCCUGAGACACUUUUGGAGAUAGAAAGGCUCAAGAAAAGUUUGGAGGAGGAAACAACUCGUCGCCAUAAACUGGACCAGCAACUAAAAGACAUUAAUUACAAUAUAUCUGAAAUGGAGCUCACCAACACAAAGUCUUUGAAGGAGCUGGAACAAGUCAGAGAUGAAAGCAACAAGAUGCAAAGGGAAAACCAACGACUGCAGAGUGAAAUCAGGAAACUUCAGUCAGAGAUCCAAAUCACAGUAAAAGAAACCAAGCAUAUCACAGAGUCUGCUCCAUUUGAGAAUGGAAAGAACCUUGAAUUAAGACUUGCUUCACUUCAAAAAGAGCUUUCAGACCUAAGAAUGAUCACAAAACAAAAAGAUCAAGAAAUUGAGACACUCAACAAUAAUUUAGCUGCAAUGAGAAUCAAGAGGGAACAGAGGGAGAGUCAUCUCCGACGUUCCAUCAUCGUCAUUGACCCAGACACAGGCAAGGAAAUGAAACCAGAAGAGGCAUACAAAUUGGGACUCAUUGACUGGAAAAUGUUCGUCAACCUCCAAAGCCAGGAGUGCGACUGGGAGGAGAUCUCAGUCAAGGGUCCCAGUGGAGAGUCGUCAGUUCUUCAUGACAGAAAGUCAGGCCAGAAGUUCUCCAUUGAAGAUGCAUUAAAAGCUGGCAUCAUUACACACCAUCAAUUGCAGCAGUACCACAAUAAAGAAAUCACCAUCCAGGAAUUUGGCAUCAUGGUAUCCGGCAGAAGCAAAUGAGAAUCCAAAGCAAAUUUUGUUGAUUCUAAAUGUAUUGAUAUCCUUAUGGACUUGCAUCGGUUUUCUGUUUUGCUUUGUUUUUACUGUGUUCUAUCAGGAUUGAAGGGAAAUCUACUUGGGUAUUUACAGAUUAAAUCUAUUUGGAAGAUGGGUCUUUUUCUUGGAGGGCUUAAACAAGAUUAUUUCAUAGUAAUACUAUAAAAAAGUCUUUAGUCUAGUAUUUUUUCACUGCAGCAUAACCCUUAACAGAAAUUUGCUGUCAGAUUUAUGUGACAAUAAAGCCUUUUGGCAUACUGUCUUAUUAGUGCUCUAUGUUCUGAGAGAAAAAAUCUUUAACAUAUUCAUAAAUGGA